UAUUUUUUUUUUCGUUAAAAAAAAAAUGAAGCCCACAGACAAAGAAAUUCUACAAUUUUCACGGAUCUUGAAAAUGUGUUCUGCAUUUUGAUUAGUCUAAUGUCUAAAUAUUUAAUUUAGAAUACUAUAUAAAUUAUAUUUAGUACAAAUUUUUCAUUCAUAACCUUUAAAAUCGUGAUAUGUAUAAAAAGUGUAUAUAAAUUGUAAAUUAAUGCAGUAUUUAUUUUUCGCAAUCAAUUUGUAAUACCAGAUGUUAUCGCGAUUCUUGGAUUUCUUGUGUGUUUUUUAUUGGUAGUAUCAUUGUUGCGACGUUUUUGAUAAAAUACGCAUAUUACAAGUGAAUGGUCAUUAUCGAAGAAGGUUCAAAAUAAAAAAUUUUGAAUUUUAUAUUCCAAUAUAUAUUUUAUUAUUAUUAUUUUUUUUUUUGUUUUUAAACACAAAGACUGAAUAUUCGCAUUUAUUGAAAGGAUGUCACGUGCUGAUUUAAAAAAUUGGCCAAUUUUUAGUCUUUUGGACUCUAAAUUCAUUGGAAAAAUUCAUAUGGCCGUUGUUUAUGGAAGCUUAGGAAAUGAAGCACUUAUUGUUACAAAGGAUGGUUCAGUCUAUGGUUUGGGAACAAAUGUUUCGGGCUGCUUAGGUACAGGUGAUGUUCACAAUACUCUUUUCCCAAAAAAAAUCGAAGCACUUUGUGAUAAAGGAAUAAAAUAUUUUGCAUAUGGUAGUGGACCUCAUGUUCUUGCCCUCAGUAAUAAAGGUGAAGUUUAUUCGUGGGGUCACAAUGGAUAUAAUGAAUUGGCAAAUGGAUCAUCGAAUCAAGGAUUAACUCCGACAAUUAUUUCAACAAUUUUAUGCGAAAAGAAUAUAGUCAGUAUUGCAUGUGGCAGUCAUCAUUCACUUGCACUCACAAAUGAAGGCGAGGUUUUCGCUUGGGGACAAAAUAAUUGUGGUCAAGUCGGUAGUGGAAUAAAUUCCAAUCAAGGUGCUCCACGAAAAGUUAAUUCGAUUUUAUCUGAAAAAAAAGUCGUGUCCAUAACUUGUGGACAAACGUCAAGUAUUGCAUUAACUGACGUCGGUGAGGUUUACGGUUGGGGAUAUAAUGGAGUUGGACAGCUUGGUAUUGGAAAUUAUAUUAAUCAAUCGAGUCCUUGUCGAGUUGCAGCUCUCGUUGGAGUAUUUGUAGAAAAAGUUGUUUGCGGUUACGCUCAUACAUUAGCUCUCAGUGACGAAGGUACACUUUAUUCUUGGGGAGGAAAUUCUUAUGGUCAACUUGGUCUUGGAAAUAAAGCCAAUUCUUGUUCUCCAGUAAAAAUAACGUUACCAGAAAUGGGGAGAGUUUCCGAUAUUGCUGCAUUGCAUUAUAAUCAUAUUAGUGUUGCUGUCGGUCAAGGUGGACGAAUUUUUAUGUGGGGUCAGUGUCGAGGACAAAGUGUUACUUCUCCGGUUGCCACAUUUUUGCCACAUAUUCACGACGCCCUCGCUUGCUACGCAACACCGAGUGUCAUGCAUGAGCCACUUGUUUUAAAUGCCGAUGAGGAUAGUGGAAUUCUCGAAUGCUUGAAACAGGCAUUCGAUGAUCCGGCAACAUGCGACCUGACGAUUCAGGUACAAGGAAAGCCAAUUCACGUUCAUAAAUCUGUGCUUAAAAUCCGCUGUCAAUAUUUUAGAUCCAUGUUCCAGGAGCAUUGGGCUGAAAAUAAUCAAGAUACAUUGGAACAUGAUCAGUUUUCUUAUGAAGUCUAUAGAUCGUUUAUAAAAUAUUUAUAUACGGAUGAAGUCGAUUUACCUGCCGAAAACGCACUAGAACUUUUAGAAUUGGCGAAUGCAUAUUUUGAAACGCAACUAAAACGACGUUGCGUUCAAAUAAUUAAGCAGGGAAUUACUGUAAUGAAUGUUGCAUUUCUUUAUAAAACAGCAAUUGAAUAUAAUGCUAAGGAAUUAGAAGAUUUUUGCUUCAAAUUCGCUUUGAAUCAUAUGACGACAGUUGUUCAAACGCCACAAUUUUCAAAAUUAGAUGAAACUACGGUUAAAACGUUUAUUAUUAAGGCUGCUCAAGCCGGAGCGUUCAAAACUUAAAUUGAUUUGUGAUAAAAGUCGACUAGUCAGUAAAUUUAAGUCGCCCAUGAAAAAAGAGAGUUAUUUUUAGAUUUUUUCAAAAUUUUUAUUUUUACAAGUUUUUUUUCCGAUCAAAACUCUUGUUACUUAGUCAUUGUUGAUAUUAUUUUUAAUUGAAAGUAAUGGUUUAUGACCCGGUGAUUCAAAAUAAUUUCGUCUUUCAUUGAUGGCUUUAGGGUCAAUAUAGCAAAAAAGUUAUAAAUUUUUUUUGAAAUUAAUCUCUAAAUUUUUCAACUUUUAUUGUUACUUAAGUGUUUGAAAUUUCAGUAAAUUGAUCCUUAAAUCGAAAUGAUUAUUUUUAAUAUUAGAAACAAAUUUUCGUCUGAUUUAUGGAUUUACAUAAUAUAUUUCUUAGUGAGAUUUAAAGUCUGAGAUAUUGAAAAUUUUGUCAAAACAAUUAAUUAAUUAUUUGAUAUUUUUUAUAUUAUCCAAGAUAGAGAUUUGCAUAUUGUAGAAAUUUAUUUUUAUUAAGUAAUUAGUUAAGUUCGAUCUUAUUAUUCCCCAUUUUGUUAGAGUGUCCUUGUAGGACAUGUCGAAAAAUAAUAUCUAACUUUAAUAUUAUUAAAUAAAGUUUAUAAAACUUUCGUA